AUGCCUAGGGGAAGAAGCAAAUCCAUAGUCCAAAAGAUUGCUAGUGAUGUACCGUCAUACGAGGAAGAAGUUUUAAACUUGGGCAAUAAUUCCAAGAAAGAUUCACCAAUUGGAAAGAAUGCUGAAAAUACCGUAACAGCAAAUCAAUUGUCAAGAAAUGCGCUUACCAACUUAAUGGUUUCACGCAGGUCCAAGUCAUUUUCCUAUUCAAGCCGAGAAACAUCGAGUUCGGAUGACCAGUCAUGUGUAUUAUUCCCGUUUAGUGAGAAAGAAUCAGAAGUGUUAUGGCUGAACCAUAUUGAAACUUACAAUUACAAUAGCGUGCUUGACCACGAUGAUUUGGCUGUAAUAAACGAAGUCCCGGAUGAUUUUAUUCUUAACUUUGCCGACAAUUGUGCGAUCAAUAUCGAAAACGUUAAUGAACUUAUCGAUGACAAUAAGUAUAUAUUAAACACUUUAGAUUCUUUGACGAUACAGUAUAAUAAGGUUUCCAAAGACACCGUGGAUUUUGCUAACCAGUCAACUGAAUUAUUGAAUCAACAACAAAAAUACCAACAAACUAUAGAGGAUAUUGACGUAUUGAUGAGUGCUUUCGAACCUUUAGAUUCAAUCACAAAAAGCUUAUCAAGACCAGGUAAUUAUUUCAUAAAAAAACAAAGAUUCAGGGAUAUUUUAGUCCAGUUAGAUGAAUCCAUCAGUUUUCUCGAUCUUCAUUCUGAUUUUAAAGAAUAUGAGUUUUACAAGAUUAGAUACAGACAAUGUACUACUAGAGCAUUAACUUUAAUACGGACAUAUUUGAUUGAAGAUUUAAGAAGCCUUAACAAUAAGAUAACUGAAGCUUUAACCAAAAAUAAGACUAAUACUUCGAAUUCGAGCCUUACUAUGGAUAUAUUUUUGUUUAAUGAGUUUUCUGAUCACAUACAAGAAAAUGAUUCUAAUGACUAUGAACGUUUUUAUCAAUUUCCAAACCUAGUUGGUGAAAUAGUUAAGAGAAUCCCCAAUCAUGAUGAAUAUCAAGGUUUAUUAGACGACAUUUUGCUGCAAUAUUUUAAAAUGAGAUUAACAUUUUUAAGUCCAUACAUAUGGGAUAAGAUUAAUCAACAAAAGAAUCAAAAAGAAUCACCGGAAGAAUUAGUCCAGUAUUGCCAAAAUAAUAUCUCGUUUUUUAAAAACAUUAUCGAGAAAGAAUUUAAUUUAUUUUCAAAAUUUUUCAAGUACUUGGACUACCCUCAACAUCAGCAAGUAUUUUUGAAAAAUGGCCUUUAUGACCAUUUCAAAAGUUUAAUCGAUCCGUUAUAUGAUGACUUGCGACAUAAAAUAUUAAGAGAAUCAAAUAUUGUUAGUUUAUGCGAACUCACCAUUUUACUACAGAAAUAUUAUGAGUUUGAAGAUGAUGUAUCUUUGUCCCAGUCUAUGGUCACUGCCAAUUAUUCUACGUACUCAUCUUCUUACUCUCUGAAAAUCAACUAUGGAGAACUUUUCGAGCCUAUACUUCGUGAUGUCCAAUCAAGAAUCAUUUUUAGAAUUCAAAUUUAUGUUGAUGAUAAAUUGGCUAAUUAUAAGCCCAAAGUCGAGGAUUUGAAAUUUGGUUAUCGUAAACGAAUUAGUAGUAGCUCUAAUAAAGCGAAUGGGACGACCAAAGAUCCUCUUGAUAGCGAAUUUGAUCAAAAUCUUUUCCCUGACUUAUAUUUACCAUUGGGGAAAGCUCUAACAAUUUUAUCGAAUAUUUAUGAAUUAUUAAAUUCAAUAGUUUUCGAUGACUUGGCUCAUUACAUCGUUCACAGUUGUAUUCACAUUUUGAAAACUGGUGCAUAUAAAUUGGCAUUGAGCUAUCUUGGUCCGUUAGGAGCAAAAUUGUAUUACUUGAAAAACUUAAUCAUCUUACAGAAUCAAUUAAAUAAUUUUGAUAUACAAUAUGUGAGAACUGAAACCACUCUUGAUUUCACCAGUGGGUUUAAUGAAAUUUAUCAAAUUUUCAGAAAAGGUGAAUUUAGUUAUAAUAUCAAUGAAAAGGGUGGUCUUAUUGAAUUGGCGAAAAAAUCUGUUCCAAAAGUUAUUAACAAUAUGAUAGAUGCUAAAUAUGAAAUCGAAUUAGAACUUAAUAACGCAGUUCAAGAAUUCAUCACAGAAUGUGCCAACAAAAUCGGAGAACCUAUUUUAAAUGAAAAAUCAAAUUUAUCUGAUCCAUUACAAAAUACUCUUAAAUUCAGAGAUAAUCUUAUAAUUGAAUUACCUAAAAUUUAUAAAGAAAUUAAAUUAUUUAUUGAUGACACUAUAAUAAUCAAAUUUUUAAUGGAUGGCUUAUCAAAUUUGAUAUUAUCAACCUAUCAAAAGUUUUACACAACCUUGGAAAAUAAUCAUACAAAUCAAACCAUUCAAAAAACUUUCGAAGACAUCAUGGAAGUUGAUACCCUCUUAAACUUCAUCAACGAAUUAGUCUCGGGUCUAUACGAUGAAGACGAUGAAAAGGAAAAUACAAUCGAAUUCAAUGAAGAUAUAUUGAACGAAGUACCCGAAAAUGAUGCUGAAGUUCUUCCUGAAUCAAUUUCUCCAAAUGAACAAGAACCAGCACAACAUUAA